AUGAGUGAAACGGAGGAAGUAAAGGCGUUCUAUAAAGAGAAGCAUAUUGCAUUUGUGGUAGAUCAGGAUUCUCACCGCUCCUUUGAGUAUUGGCUCAGUGAGCAUUUGCGGAUGAAUGGGCUCUACUGGGGAGUGGUUAGCUUGGUGAUAAUGAAUGCAUUAGAGGACGCCUUGCCCCAGAAUGAAGUAAUUGACUAUAUACUUAGUUGUUGGGAUGAAAAAACUGGAGGCUUUGGGGCAUUUCCCAAGCACGAUGCCCAUAUUCUUUCUACUACUUCUGCCCUUCAAGUUUUGAAAAUAUACGACAACGAACUACAAGUUUUGGGAGAGGAAAAGAAGGAGCAAACAGCUCAAUUUAUAAAGGGACUACAAUUGUCCGAUGGAAGUUUCCAAGGUGACCGGUUUGGAGAAGUAGACACCCGUUUUAUAUACACGGCCAUGUUGUCGUUGUCGUUAUUAGACGAGUUGACAAUCGAGAUUACAGAUCCAGCCAUUAAGUUUGUCAUGGCGUGCCAAAACUUUGAUGGUGCCUUUGGAAUGCUUCCAGGUGCAGAAAGUCAUGCAGCACAGGUAUUUACGUGUAUAGGGGCUUUGGCUGUAACAGACAAUUUACAUCUAUUGGACGACGACACCAAACUAGGAAAUUGGCUCAGCGAGAGACAAGUAUUGCCAAGUGGGGGCCUUAAUGGCCGUCCCGAAAAAUUGCCAGAUGUCUGCUAUAGUUGGUGGGUGCUAUCUUCGCUCGCUAUUUUGAAAAAGAAGCAUUGGAUAGAUUUGCAAAAGUUGGAGGAUUUCAUUCUUGAAUGUCAAGAUCUGAAGGACGGUGGUAUUGGAGACAGACCUGAUAAUCAAACUGAUAUAUACCACACUUGCUUUGGAAUAGCUGGCUUAAGUUUGAUCGACUUCGAGAAGUAUAACUUUAAGGAAAUAGAUCCCAUUUAUUGCAUGCCCACAGAAGUGACAAAAAAGUUCAGGAAGUGGAAGAAAUAG